AUUAUGUGGGUAGUAUUUUAAUCGGCUUGACGCGGCUGCGCCCGCGCCGUCAUGUGGCAGUCCGGAUUAUAGACUAAUCACGUAUACAGUGUUUCAUUUCCAUCCAUAUAAAUAUUAGAGAAAUAACAGUGGCGACGAGUUAUUACGAAUUAUUACGCGUGUAAACAUGGAAAAAGUAUCAGUUGGAUUGAUAACAGUGUUUAACCACGAACAGCAAGACUGGGACUUGUAUAAAGGACGGUUAGAACAAUGGUUCCUAGCGAACGAAAUAAACGAUACCGACGACAAGUCGGGUGUGAAGCGCCGGGCGAUCUUACUAAGCAGCUUAGCGGAAACGACGUUUAAACUCAUAAGGGAUUUAGCACUACCUAAUGAGGUUGGAUCUCUUUCAUACCAGCAAGCGGUAUCGUUACUUGAUGGCCAUUUAAAAUCAAAAAAAUGUGGGUUCUCGGAACGGUUCAAGUUUCAUGGUGCCCGGCAAGAACACAGUGAGUCCAUUAGCGAGUGGGCUGCCCGUGUACGUGGUUUAGCAAUGGAUUGCAAGUUCCCCACAAGUGUUUUAAAUGAAAUGCUGCGCGACCGGUUCGUCCUUGGGAUGGUUCACGGCAAGGUUCGGGAGCGAUUGUUCGAAAAGUCUUUAGAAGGGCUCACAAUGGAAAGGGCGGUACAAGUGGCUGAAAGUGUGCAUUGUGCCGUAGAAGGUGCGCGGCAAGCGGUCCCACAGUCACAGGUUCAGGAUUUGACCUUCUCGCCAGUCGUCGAGGUGCACAAAGUGUCGGCCCAACCGGCCGGCUCUCAAGGUAGAAAAGUGACAAGUGCUAAUAAAGGAAGUGUCGUUAAUUCCGAGUCGGUAAUUAAAAAUAAUAGGAAGUGUGAAGUGUGCGGAUCCGUAAACCACGGGAAUCAAGUGUGUAGAUACAGGUUUUACACCUGUAGGCGGUGCAGGGUCAAAGGUCAUUUGGCGCGCGUCUGUGUAGCAGACAGAGGGCGCGACCAACAACAUUUCUUACAAUAUUGUACGGAAUCUCGGGCGGAUGGCGAUGAUGUGUUCGCAGAUUAGGCACUAUGAUGGGAAAAGAAAAAUAGAUUUUAUAAUUGGUGAAGUUGUGUUAAUAAAAACUUAUAAUAAACCAGUCAGUGUCUGGGCUAAAGGCAUUAUAUUGAGAAAACUAGGCCGGUCCGUGUACGUAGUGAGACUUACAGAUAGUAAUGUGGAAUUUAAAAGACAUAAGAGUCAAAUUUGUAAAUUGAAGGGGGAAAGAGAGGUCACGGUUGAUGAAGAGAUCAUUGCGAGUAACGAGAACGAGUCAGGUCCAAAUGCCAUAUUACCUCCGGUGAUAUUGAAGUCGCAACCAACAGGUUCUCAGACUCGGACGGCAGUAGUAGAACCGGCAACCUGUGGUAGUGAGAUUACUAACCAGAGUCCAGAGAUACCGCAUAUGAGACCAAAUCAAGAAACAAACCCAGACCCAAGCACUUCGACAUCUCCGACUCAUACAGCCGUCCAUUCACCGGAUGCUAGAACCCCCAGAUCCAAGCGGGCUCGCAAGCCUAUACAUUUAGACUACAGAAAAUAUUUCUGAUAAUUAUUUUUUAAUUUGUGUAAUUGUAAACUAUUGGUGGAGGGAUGUUAUUAUGUGGGUAGUAUUUUAAUCGGCUUGACGCGGCUGCGCCCGCGCCGUCAUGUGGCAGUCCGGAUUAUAGACUAAUCACGUAUACAGUGUU